AUGCACAACAGCACUGCCGAAAUUCCGCACGCGGCUGCGACGUGUAACGAGACUUGGCCCACCCAGCCUCCAAGCUCCAAGUUCUCCCUGGGUGUGUUGGUGCUGCUGGCUUUCCUCAUGGUGCUGCUGUGUCUGGUGACCAUCCUUGGAAACAUGCUGGUGAUCCUUGCUUUCAUUAUGGACAGAAACCUCAGGCAUCGGAGUAACUAUUUCUUUCUGAAUCUUGCUGUUUCUGACUUUGCAGUGGGUGUGUUCUGCAUGCCCCUCUACAUCCCUUAUAGCCUGACAGGAAAAUGGCACUUGGGAAGAGGCAUCUGCAAGCUUUGGCUGGUUAUGGACUAUCUCCUCUGCACAGCUUCAGUAUUUAACAUUGUUCUUAUCAGCUAUGACCGUUUCCUGUCAGUUACUAAAGCUGUAUCUUACAGAGCCCAGCAGGGAAUAACAUCCAACCCUGCCAUUGAGAUGGUGGCCAUCUGGCUAUUUGCCUUCCUCCUGUACUGCCCAGCCAUCCUGCUUUGGGAGCACGUGGCCAGACGCAGCGUGGUAGAGGUGGAUCAGUGCUAUGCUGAGUUCUUUGACAACUGGUACUUCCUCCUGUGUGCUUCCACCCUGGAGUUCUUUGUGCCGCUGCUCUUGGUGACCUGCUUCAACGUGCACAUCUUCCACAACAUCCAGAGGCGCCAGCGGCGUGGCAGCGUGCAGGACUGUGAGCCUCCAAGGAGCAGCAGCCUGUCCUGGAGGCUUUGUGGCUUGCUGAGGCCAGGGGCAUCAUCUCCUUCAUCAGAAGCAGAGGACAGUGUUUCUUCUUCCACGAGACCAAAGAAAGAGUCUUUGGGAACUGACUGCUCAUUUCCAUCCAGAGACAAUUCUGUAACCCCAGAAAAUGACUUUUCUGUUUCCUUCUGUGCAAAGACCAGAUCAAAACUGCAGCGGGACAAGAAAAUAGCGAAGUCUCUUGCCAUCAUUGUCGGUGUGUUUGCCAUUUGCUGGGCCCCAUACUCUUUAUUAAUGAUUAUCCAUGGGCCCUGCCAGGGAACUUGUGUCCAUAACUUGCUGUAUGAAGCAACGUUUUGGCUUUUGUGGAUCAAUUCUUCUUUGAACCCAUUUCUUUACCCUCUCUGUCAUGUUAAAUUUCGAAUGGCUUUUCUGAAAAUACUAUGUCGCAAAAAGUUUGCAACAUUGAGAUCAGGUUCUUUUUAGAAGGAAGAAGAAAAACAAGGUCCAAGAGGAGCUGGAUGAGGGAUGUAAGUAGCCACUGUUUGAAAUUAGAUUUAGUCUUUUCCAGGAGAUUAAACUAGUUGGAAAAUCUAAAUAAGCCUUCUGUGAAAUGUCCUCCUGCACAUGCAAAUGUGCAUGACCAAAGAUUGUGUACUUUUCCCAGCUAUUUGAAUUGGUCAGUUAAAGGCUAUUGCCUCUGUCUGACUUUUCCUAGCAGUCUAUCCACAUUACCUUGAUUCUGAUUGCUGAAAAUGUUGUCUUCAAUUGCAGUACCUCUUAUAUUUGUGUUCACA